CGUUUACCUUCCGUGCGGCGAGACGCGCGCCAUGUGCGUAGAUGCGUGAGCGCAGCGACGCGCGCGACGCUGCCCAGAGAGCCCAAGCCCGCGGCGGCGCGCGGACGAUGCCGCGAUGGCUGACGGCCGCCAUGCUGCUCGCCACCGCCGGCGCCUGGAGCCCGCCGCGCCCCGGCUCCCGCGGCAACGCCACCCGCCACCUCCACAUCCUCGGCUGGCACCUCGAGCUCCAAGAAAACCGCGCCAUCCGAUCCCCUUACUACGACGAGUGCCAGUUCUACCGAGGACGAGUGCUCCACGAGGAGCAGUCCUCCGUCACCGUCACCGAGUGCGACGGCCAGCUCUACGGGCUGCUCCAAGUCGGAAACGAGGAGUUCGUCCUGCAGCCCACGAGCCCCGGCUCGACGCACGUGCUGCGCCGGCGCGACGUGCUGUGGUCGGAACGGCCGGCCCAGUACAACCUCACCGGCGACACGGUCGCCGAUCUUGAACUUGACUUCGAGGAAGAUGAUGAACCGACACCGCACGUGCGCCCGAGACACAGCGACCACUCGGACACCGAAUACUUUCGCGAUGUGCGCCCGGUCACUCGCCCCGUGUCAGGUGUGAACGGAUUGUGGCUCGAAAUGGCAAUAGUGGCGGAUCACACGAUGCUGAAGUUCCACGGUCGCGAGAGAGUCAAGCACUACAUUUUAGCUUUAAUGAACAUCGUCAGUGCUAUCUUUAACGACCCGUCGUUGGAUGCAAACAUAACACUCGUUAUCAACAAACUGUUUUUGUACGAAGAGAAAGAUCCUAUUAUAAAAUUCGGGAAUGUGAAGAAAUCUUUGGAAGCUGUGAAUAAAUGGAACUAUCGGCACUUGAUGAGGCUACCCGCUGAAAGCACCGGCUGGGACGCGACAGUGUGGCUGACUCGCGCGCAGUUAGGCGGGCCCUCGGGCUUCGCCCCCGUGGGGGGUGUAUGCUCCCGAACGCGCUCCGCAGCCAUCGACCGCGAUGAAGGGCUCACCAGCGCCUUCGUCAUUGCGCACGAGUUGGCACAUCUACUAGGUCUCACCCACGAUGGAGAAGGUCAAUGCGAAAAGGAUUCUCUCCGCGGAUCGGUGAUGGCGCCAACGGUGCUAGCCACUCUUCAAAACUACGCCUGGUCUGCAUGUUCCAAGGAGCAGUUCCACGAAAAGUCAAAGAAAUGGUGGUGCCUCCAUGAGAGAAGUCAAGACGAAGGGGUGGAACUGGGAGGUGCUAAGGAGAUCUCAAACUACGUGUUCACCAUGGACGAACAGUGUCGGACGGAGUUUGGAGAAGGGUUCUCAGUAUGCAGGACGGUGAAGGUGAAGUCAGCGUGCUCAAGGCUCUGGUGCGCUCACCGCGCGGUGCCGCACGUCUGCCGAUCCAAGCGAGCUCCGCCGAUGGAAGGCACGCCUUGUGGACAUAACCGGUGGUGCGUGGACCGAGUAUGCGAGCUCAUGCCGGGGCAAGUGGAGACGAAGGUGGAGGAGCCAGCUACUCCGCAGUGGGACGAGUGGAGCACUUGGAGCGAGUGCAGCGCCGACUGCGGCUACGGGCUGCGCCGGCGCAUACGGCGCUGUCGGUACAAGGGGUCAGUGUCAAACACCGCCUGCGAAGGCGCCGGGUCGCAGGUGACGGCGUGCUGGGCGGGCAGAGCGUGCGCUGACACGCGCGAUGCGCGCUCUGAACUCUGCGCUAGGCAGGAUCGGAGGCUCAUACCGUUUAUGCACAGUGAUGAAUCCAAGCAAUGUGAAAUUUGGUGUGUGGAUUUCUCUGGCGGGGACGCGUCUACGUUCGGAGCCCUGCCCGACGGCGCGCCCUGCAGCUACGACCGCCCCUUUGAUGUUUGCUACCAGGGCGCGUGCGUAAGAGGUCAAUGCAACGCGACAGACCUGGGCUGCAACUGGUGUCCCGAUGGAUACUGCAGCAAUAACACAUACAUCUACACCAGACAUCUUGAAAAAGGUUGGACCCGCAUGGUAGUAAUACCGCACGACGCCCACCAAGUCUCCAUCAAAAUAUCCACCCCAAUUCCCCUUAAAAUAGCCAUCCGAGAGCGCAAAAGGGAUCGGCACAUUCUCGAACUGAGCAAACACAACUCAAGGAAAUUCGAAACUGACCAUUACCAAGACAAUUACUUGAAAUACGAGCCUGUCCCUCAGAACCUGCAGAUUGUAGAAGUUGAUAACAACGUGAUAAAUAUAAAGGAGGGGAGUGAACGUUACGGGUGGGAGGGUUCCGUGGUGGCAGCUGGAACCCUCCUGAGGUGGAAUCAGACUGACACUGACAUUUCUAUCACUGCCAACUCGAGGCUACAAACGGAUUUGAUGAUUAUGGCAGUCCCCGAGCACCGAGUGCCGGAUAACGAGGUAGCUAGCGUGGUGGUCGCCGUCAACCACAGCACGCCGGCGUCGCGCUACCGACCCCUGGAGUACAGAUGGUCGACGGAGCGGGGCCAGUGUUCUGCGUCGUGUGGUGGCGGCGUGCGCCUGGUGCGCCCGCGAUGCCUUCGCGGACAGAGGUGCCCGCCGCAGCGGUACGAGAAAUGCAACACUCACAGCUGCGAGUUCAAAUGGAUUCCCGAUGAAUGGGAGACAUGCAGCGCCACCUGUGGAACCGAGGGUAUGCAGGAGAGGCAACUUUUCUGCGUACCAGCUAACCUCACGACAUCUUCAAGAAUGGAGCUAAUUAGGCACAGUGUGUCACCUGCGCUCUGUCCUUCAGAAAAACCUGCAAAGCAACAACCUUGCAACAGGAUUCCUUGCCCGGUCUACUGGCGGGAGAUGGCCUGGACUCCGUGUUCAACCACCUGCGGUCGCGGUGUCUCCUACCGCCCUCUAGUCUGUCCAGCAUCAGACGAACUAUACUGCGGUCCGAAGCCCCGCGAGCGACGCAAGCGCUGCCGACUGCGGCGCUGCCCCCCCGCCCGCGCGCCCGCCUGCCCCGCUGCCGAUGCGACUCAGUACUGCGAGUAUUUCGCUGUAGAUGAGCUGAAGAGAAACUGCGCUGUUCCACCUUUUAGGAAAUACUGCUGCAACGCGUGCCGGGAUGUGGAUAACUAUGUCAGUCGACGCAGCUCGGGAUAGCGAUGAAUUUGGAACCGUAUUACCGAAGCAAAAGCAAUUAAAAGAAUUAUGUAUGCCCGUUUUCACUGACAACCCCUAGGUAUCCCUUAGCUAGACCAAUGGUUUCCCAUAUUGUAUACUUAUAAAGCGCUACUGAUGGUGUUGCUAAGUAACUCGUAAUGGAAAUCAAACAAUAGACCCCCAAACUAAAGUGUGAAGAGUGGGAAAAUUAACCCUUAAACUUAAGCACAUAGACAUAGAUGUCAUCAAUACUUUUAGUGAAAACGAAUUUCAGGUCUUGUCAAUUGAAAAUGGGUGGUAUUCUAUUUGUUUCUUUAAACUUUAAAGCAGUACAGAAUAAAAGGGUACCAUCAAGAAUCUAACACAGAGCCUACCCCACCCGCGGUGUACCUACCUGAGGUAAUCAUAACAUAUCGCCCAUUUUAAUAAUACCUGCUGGCUAGUAAUUAUUUACCGGCUGACAUGACAAUGUGUUCAUUUCCGAAUCGAUUACUAGUUGGUUGCUUUUCUUUUAACAAAAUGUGACUUUGUACUAGGCUCUACCUUUCUUUUUAAUUCAUUACAAAAGUACAAUUUACACCAAGCUUAGAUAAAUUUAGAUAAUUUAAAAUAGGGUAUACAAUAUAAAAUAAGUACUAAGCCUUAUUUUUAUAUUGUAUACCUUAUUUUAUUUUCUAAACGGGUGCUGCAACUACAAAAAAAGGUGUUAAAAUCCACCCACAUUAGGGAAAAGCCCGCGAACCCCCAAACCGCGCGUCAGACAUAUUAAAUAAAAAUUGCGUAGACACCCUUUUUAGACAACAGAUACUUACCUGGAGUUGCGAAUAUAAUGUAGAUGUGGGUAUAGUAUACAUGGUGUAAGCAGAUUACAAUAAAGUAAAACAGCUAGGUCAGAUCAUGUUUACUGAGUUGAAAAACAAGCCGAAUUUCAUCCUAGAAAACUCUUGAUUUUCCCUUUUCCUUUCCUCCUUUUUGUAGUUCAGUAUGAAAUAAGGAGGUCGGUUAGUAUACCGCUAUAAUAUUCUUUAAAAUAAUAACGAUCACUGCAAAUUAAAAGAAAGAAGGAUUUCUGGGGAAAAUUACCCACUAAUUAAAUGUCGUUCUUGCAGCCCUAUUCUUAAACUCUGUAAGAGAUCAAAGCUUUAUAUUUCAGGUAUCAACUCACUGUGUUAGACUUUUAGUUGUUCUUAAAAACAAACUAGAUACCAUUGUGUAGUAGUACUUAGGCUUUAAAUUCAUAUUACCUAAAGUCUUAUCACCACACAAAUGCGAAUGGAAACAAUGUUUCACAACACGUUAAGUUGCAUUUUAUGUACCUAGUGAAGUUCUAAUGAUAGGAAUUACUAAUGAAAUAAACUCUAGAGCAUACUACAGCU